AUGCCAGCUGCCAACAUGACAGAAACCCUGCAGCUCCCGGCGCUGCGGGUCCCCGAGCAGCAGGUGCUGGAGGGCGGCUGUGCCUGGUCCAGCUCGUCCACCCCGACCCUGCGCAGGAAGCGCUUCAAGAUGAGGAGGAUGAAGAACGUGCAGGAGCAGAGCCUGGAGGCCGGCAGGUACCAGGAUUCUCCUUCCUCCAGCAAGGAAUACCUGCAGCUCCCAUCCAUUGAGAUCACCCCCUCCAGUGACGAGGACACCCCCUGGUCCAACUGCUCCACUCCCAGUGCCUCCCCGCGCCGCAAGCGCUUCCUCCUUCGGAAGUGGCUGCGCGUCCGAGAGAAGAAGGAGUGCAGUGAGAGCAGUAGACAGGAAGGCAGCCAGCAGAGCAGCCAGCAGAGCAGCCACGACGAUGACUCUGCCCGGUUCCUGAGCCCCUUCAUGCGUGAGGACAGUACUGCCAGUAACUCCAACCGCAGCACGCCAGCCUGCUCCCCGAUCCUGCGCAAACGCUCGCGCUCGCCCACGCCGCAGGACGCCCCUGGGGACGCCAUGGUGGAGAAGGGCUCCGACCACUCCUCGGACAAGUCCCCGUCCACGCCGGAGCAGGGCGUCCAGCGCAGCUGCUCCUCCCAGUCCGGCCGCAGCGGGGCCAAGAACUCCAAGUCACACAAGCGCCUCUCCAAAAAAAGCCAGAGUUGGUAUAAUCAUGAGAGACAGUACAUCCGGAGAGUGUUGAGUCCCACGUACAAACAGAGAAAUGAGGAUUUCAGGAAACUCUUCAAGCAGCUCCCGGACACGGAGCGACUCAUCGUGGAUUACUCGUGUGCUCUCCAGCGAGACAUUCUCCUGCAGGGCCGCCUCUACCUCUCCGAGAACUGGAUCUGCUUCUACAGCAACAUCUUCCGCUGGGAGACACUGCUGACGGUUCGCUUGAAGGACAUCUGCUCCAUGACCAAGGAGAAGACAGCACGGCUCAUUCCCAAUGCCAUCCAAGUUUGCACUGACACUGAAAAGCACUUUUUUACUUCCUUUGGGGCUCGAGACAGGACGUACAUGAUGAUGUUCAGACUCUGGCAGAAUGCUCUGCUCGACAAGCCUCUGUGUCCAAAGGAGCUCUGGCACUUUGUCCACCAGUGUUAUGGGAACGAGCUGGGGCUGACCAGUGAUGAUGAAGACUACGUGCCUCCUGAUGAUGACUUCAACACCAUGGGCUGUAGCUGUUGUGAGAGAGGUAACCAUAAAAACCUGUGUUCUCUGUGGCGUCCCAGCUACUGUGAAGAAAUCCCCGUGGAGGAGAAUGAAGUCAACGACAGCUCCUCCAAGAGCAGCAUGGAGGCCAAGCCAGAAGCCAGCCCUCAGCUGCCAAAGAAAUCUGUCACUGCCAGCACCCUGACCUCCACAGGCAGCAGUGAAGCCCCAGCCUCGUUUGAUGGAGUUCUCCCAGAAGAGGAGGAGGCAGUGGCAGAGAGCCCAGUGGAGAAAGACCUUGGCAUUGCCAGCAUCAUGGGAGAGAAGAUCGACAUCAUUGGCCCUGUGAACUCCCCCUCCCUGGACUUCAAUGACAACGAAGACAUUCCCACUGAGCUCAGUGACUCCUCAGACACCCAUGAUGAAGGGGAGGUCCAAGCCUUUUACGAGGACCUGAACGGGCGGCAGUACGUGAACGAGGUGUUCAACUUCAGCGUGGACAAGCUCUACGACCUGCUCUUCACUGACUCCCAGUUCCAGAGGGACUUCAUGGAGCAGCGCCGCUUCUCCGAUAUUAUCUUUCACCCCUGGAAGAAGGAGGAAAAUGGCAAUCAGACCAGAGUGAUCCUGUACACCAUCACCCUCACCAACCCUCUGGCCCCCAAAACUGCCACAGUCACUGAGACUCAGACAAUGUACAAAGCCAGCCAGGAGAGCGAGUGCUAUGUCAUAGAUGCAGAGGUGCUAACUCACGACGUCCCCUACCACGAUUAUUUCUACACCAUUAACCGCUACACGUUGACUCGUGUUGCCAGAAACAAAAGCAGACUCAGGGUUUCCACGGAAUUGCGCUACAGGAAACAGCCUUGGGGGCUGGUGAAAUCCUUCAUUGAGAAGAAUUUUUGGAGUGGCCUGGAAGAUUAUUUCCGUCAUUUGGAGAGCGAGCUGACCAAAACAGAGAGCACGUACCUGGCUGAGGUGCACAGACAAUCCCCCAAAGAGAAGGUGAGCAAGCAAUCCACGGUGCGGCGGAGGAAACGCGCCCACGGCCACCUGCGGGUGCCACACCUGGAGGAGGUGCUCAGCCCUGUCACCACCCCCACGGAUGAGGAGGUUGCCCAUCGGAUCAAGCACGUGGCAGGUUCCACUCAGACACGGCACAUCCCUGAGGAGAGCCCCAGUGGCUUCCACCUGCAGAGUGUCUCCAAGCUGCUCCUUGUCAUCAGCUUUGUGAUCUGUUUCAGUCUGGUGCUGCUGGUCAUUCUCAACAUGAUGCUGUUCUACAAACUCUGGAUGUUGGAAUACACCACGCAGACGCUGACGGCGUGGCAGGGCCUGAGGCUGCAGGAGAGGUUACCCCAGUCUCAGACAGAAUGGGCCCAGCUGCUGGAGUCCCAGCAGAAGUACCACGACUCAGAGCUGCAGAAAUGGCGUGAGAUCAUCAAAUCCUCGGUGAUGCUUCUGGACCAGAUGAAGGAUUCACUAAUAAAUCUCCAGAAUGGCAUCGGGUCCCGGGACUUCGGGUCAGAUCCAGAUGAGAAACGGAAACGUUUCCAUUAACAGGCAGGAAUGCAGGAGGCCAGAGGACGGUGUGCAAUACGUGUAAAUAGGAUAUAUAAAUAUAUAUAUAAAUAUAUAUAUAUACAGAUAUAAAUAUAUAUAUAUUAUAUACAGAUUUUAAGAGAAAACAGAAAA